UAGUAGCGUUUAACUGCGCAUUCGCUGUAGAUGUAUAGCGGUAUGGGGGUGAAAUCUGUCAACACAAACUUGUGAUUGUUGGAUUAAAAAGAAGAGCUGAGGAGUAGAUCUUUAAAGUGAUGUACCCUGGGAAGAAAAUAACAAAAGAAGAUACAUGGAGGUCUGAUGACUUAAAAGUGCACAUUCAGACUCACAAAGAGGAGAGCAGAAGAAGAUCCAAACGAGAAGAGGAGCACAGGAAACACAGGGAUGGAGAAUCUGUUGGUCGGCGACACAGAGACCCUGAUCCAGAUGCAAGAAGAGAAAGAGAAAAACAAAGACAUGGAGAAAGCACAAGAGAGGAGAGUAAACACAGAGACCCAGACAGGGACAGAAACCAGGAUAUCAAGAGGGAAGAUGUCAGGGAUGAUAGAUAUAAAGAGAAAAGGAGAGAGCGAGAUAAGGCAUUAGAUUACAACAGACACAGAGAUGGAGAAGAAGAAGAAAAAAGACAUGAUCAAGUUGAGAAGGGAAACGGUGAAAGACGGAGGGAUAGGGAUAAAGACAGAGACAAUGAUAUGUACAAACAACGGGACAGGGAAAGAGAAAAAGAUAGAAGAAGGGCUGAGAGAGAUGGGGAGCGAAAAAUUGAAACAGAUGGAAGGAAAGAGGAGAGAACUGAAAGAGGAAAAGAAGACAGGGAGAGAGACAAAGAAAAAGAAAGAAGAGAAAGACACAGAGCAAGAGAAAGUAAUCGGAAUCGACAUGAAUAUGAGGAAAAACAGAGAGAGGGAGAAAGGAAAGAGAAACACAGGGAUAAAGACAAUUCUGGACACAAAGAAAGAGAACACAGAAGAGAUAGAGAAGAGAAAGAGAAGAGAAAAAGGGAUAAAGAAAGUCAUGUGACAAACAAAAGUAACUCUCAAGAAGUUGAACAGCAUCACCAAGAUAGGGAUAGGGAAAAGACCCGGGAGAGGGAAGAAAAAGACAGAAGGCGUGAAAGAAGGCACAAGGAGGCUUCAGACUCCAAGAGUGAAAGAGAGCGGAAACAAAAAGAUUCAUCAGGACAUGACAUGAAUGAAAGGAUAAUUAGAGACAAAGAGGUGGGGAAUGAAGAUACUGAAAAGGACAAAGAAUCAAGCAAAGAUUAUCAUAAGGAUGAUUAUGAUGAGGAUUUUGAGGAUUAUGAGGAAGACUUUGAGGAUCUAGAUGAAGAGAAGGAUGAUGAUGAUGAAGAGGAGGAGAAAGAGGAAGAUGACAAUAACGUGAGAGAAAAGAAGAGGGAGCUGAGCCCCAGAAGAAGAGAAGAGAUUGAAGCCAUCCAGAAAGCCAUUGAAGAGGAAAAUGAGAGAAUCUCCUCUGCAAGAUCAAAGCCAACAACCAUAGAGUCAGCUAUCACCCAGAGAGAAAGACACUCUGAAAAAAGUCAAACACAAGGCAAAAUUAUUGAUUUUGUAUCAGCAAAGCAGCGAGAGGUUAGCCAAAAAGUGGCCAAGAAACAGAAGAAGCGCAGUGAGGAACUUCUGCGUCUGAUUGAUUUAGACUUUUCCAUCACCUUCUCUCUGCUGGACCUGCCUCCUGUCAAUGAGUAUGACAUGUACAUCAAGACCUUUGGAACAGCCAAUACCAAACAGGCCUAUGUGCAGUGCAAUGAAGACAAUACUGAUCGAGAUAUACAAACAGAAGAAGUUGACAUGACAGACAAAUGGACACAGCACCCACAAGAAGGAAAUGCAGCGUGUGGAGGAUCUAAGGCGUCUCAAGACACUUCAGUGAAAUCCACUGCAAGAAUAGCUACUGAUUCUCAACGUCUGACUACUUUUUUACGUUCUGCUGCACAGGUGAUGGCUGUUCUGAUAGAGGAGAAUAUGACAGAGAGUAAUUCUGCUCGAAGACUUCGCUCUCAAACAGACGCUCUGUCCUUCAGUGAUGGCUGCAUUCAACUCAAUGCCAAACUCCCAUUUUUGCAUGGUCGGCAGGUGAGUCUGCUGCAGUUUUCUCAAGUCCAGAGACAGACUCUUCUGUCUGUUCAUCCUCCAUCUUCCAAAACCAGUGCUGUUCGGCUUGACAGCGAGACUGUCAUUUGUGUGUGGAACAUCUGGGAGCCAUCCAGACCCCAAAAAAUUCUUCUUUAUGAAUCUGAGGUGAGGUGUUGUUGUUUCAGUCCUGGUAAAGUUACGUUAGUGUUUGCUGGUACAGCAGUGGGUUCAGUGGUGGUAUGGGAUCUCAGAGAACAUUCUGGCACUCACUGCAACUUGGUGGUUGGCAAAGAGGUGUGGAUACUACGCUACCCGACCUUCUCUACGGAUGCUGUACUUUCUGGGGUGGGUCAUCUCUCUCCUGUGGUGUCUGUUGAACCUGUACUGACGACUGCCGAUACAAGUUCAAAAAGCACACUAACUGCGGACAUAGAGGAGUCUCUUGGACUGUCAUUUCAGUUAGGAUCUCUGGAUGAAAAUGGGGUGUUAACUCUCUGGGUUGUGGUCGAGCUGCCCAAAGGAAAUGAUUCUGGAUCUCAAACAGACUUGGGUCUUAGGCCUGGCGGUAAAGUUAAAUUACUCCACAGCUCAUCUCUACAGACCACUGAGAGAUUACCUCAAGACAUUAUAAUGGGAUUUGGAUCUCCUGUGAGCCUUCAGUUAAAGUUCCUCCCUUCUGACUCGAACCAUUACUUCAUUGGUACUAACAUGGGUCUGGUUAGACAUGGUACAAGGCAUAGCUUGAAAGUUCUUCCAAAGUUCUACAGAUCGCAGUUUGAUAGCUGUAGACCAGUGGAGGUCACAGCACUUGACUUCAGUCCUUUUGGAGAACCCCUUUUCUUGGUUGGCUGUAGUGACGGAACAGUUCGAUUACACUCGGUCCUGAGAGAAGAUCCGUUGAUGGAGUGGUCUGAAUGUUCCAGUGGCGCUCCUAUUCUGUCAGUGCAGUGGUCUCAGACACGGCCAGCUGUGUUCUGUGUUCUGGAUGCUGCCUCUCAUCUGCUCAUCUGGGACCUGACAGAGAAGGAUUAUAUGCCAGUCAUCACUGAGAAUAUACACAAUAACCGGGUAACAGCCAUGGCUAUGUUUGGUGAGCCAGCCAAGCAGAACACAUUUUCUGGCAUUGCGCUUGCCAAGCAGUCCGGAAAGGUGGAGAUUCAGUAUUUCAAGAAGUCACUUACAGUGCCUAGCGCCUCUGAUAAAGACAAACUUGAUUCUGCUUUGCACGAUGCUUUUUGAUAUAAGAUCUGAGCCCAGAUUUAUAUUCAUAUCCAGUUAAAUCGAUAAUAUGCAAAUAACAAAGGAAAACACAAAGAGAGUUUAGAGAAAAUCACACACAGUAUGGACGGACCUAGUGAAUUAUAUUUCCUUGUCACAUCAGUAAGGUACCCAAAACUACAUUGAUUAUGGCAUGAACUGUAGAGGAUGAGAAAUGGCUGUUUACUAGUCGCAGUGCAUAGCCUUUUUGGUCUAUACAAAUAACAAAUUAACUUUCCUGGCUUAAUAUUCAUUACACCUGUCCUGAAACUUUGCUGACGAUGGCUGGAACAUAAUGGUUUUGUUUGCUGUAAGCAGCAUUUUGUAAAGUUGCAUUAAAUAUAACAAGAAGCACAUACAAAUGAGCUUUCUGUUCCUCAGGGAUAUUAAUACUUUAUAUCCUUUUUAUUAUUUUACAAUAUUUACAAAUGAAUAUUUACACCAAGUUAGCAUUUAAACUUGAAUACAUCUUAUGUAUGUCAUUUUCAUUUAUUUGCUAUCAAGGUCACUUGUAAUUAUUAAUGGAUAUUUUUUAUUAAAAGAUGAUUGCAUUUA